AUGGCCCCUCGGCGCCUCCUGUUGGUUGGAGAGGGGAAUUUCUCCUUCGCUGCCGCUCUGAGCGAGACUCUGGAUCCCAACGCUACUAGUAUUAUUGCCACCUGCCUCCAACGCCAGGCUGACCUGGCCAGGGAUCCGCUGGCUGAGGAAAAUCUGCGGCGCCUGCGCGAGCGAGGUACAGAGGUACGUUUUGGUGUGGAUUGCACCCAGCUGGCAGAUGCCUUUGAACUGCACGACAGGGAGUUUGAUCGAAUUUAUUUCAACUUCCCUCACUGUGGUCGCAAAGCAGGAGUGGCUAAGAACAGGGAACUACUUGCUAAGUUUUUCCAAAGUUGUGCAGAUGUUCUUGCAGAGGCAGGAGAAGUGCAUGUGGCCUUGUGCAGAGGACAAGGUGGGACUCCUGCUGACAAGCCCAUGAGAGAAUGGCACAACAGUUGGCAAGUGGUUGCCAUGGCAGCUCUGGGAGGGUUCAUUUUAAGUGAUGUACAUCCCUUCAUCUGUAAGGCGGUGCCAGGGUACAGGUGCACUGGAUAUAGGAGUCAAGAUAAGACUUUUCAUGUUGAAGGUGCUCUGAACCAUAUCUUCACCAGGAGCUUGCCCUUCGAAUGUUCUCAACCCAGAAUCUUCAGAAUCAGACUAGGUGAUCAGUGGUUUUCCUUUUCAGAACCUGCCACACUUGCAGGAAAGUUGAACAGAGGUUUCCUGGAAGCACCUUCAUGUCAUCCUGUCAGAACCAUAAAUGAGAAACUCAUUGAUGAAUUGGGCAAAGCUUUUCCUCUGAAAAGGCUUAAGUGUCCCUCCCCUGUGUGGCCACAAGGAGGCACCAGUGUUCUUACUUCCUGGAAUUGUGACUUUCCAUCAGCUGCCAUUUGGAUUAGUCUCUUUGAGGACAACUCAGAUUCUGAGUCCCCGACUGAUGGGACAAUACAAGAUAUAGAAGAGCUUCAAAUGUCACUCUCAGAACGUAGCCUUCCCCGUAAUCCUGAAAGAGGUGAUAAGGAAGAGGCUCAUGAAGAAAUCUAUGGCCAGGUCAAAGCCUGCCUUAGAUCUUCUCUACUAGUUCACGUUCAGGCCAUCAUCCAAGCACCAGACUUGGUCCCAGGUUCUCUGUAUAUCCUCAGUGGACCCGUCUUUAGGAAGAACCUCAUUUCGGCUUUCACAAUGCCAGCAUUUCAUGAAACUUUAUUAAUCCUUGGUUUUAAUCAAAAUCUGAAGGAUGGCUAUCUUCAGUCGCUACUGAGUCACCUUAAGUGUAUUCUAGACCACCUGCUGACUCAGGCAUUGCUGGAAAGUUCUAAGUUGAGCAGGUCAGUGAAAUUUGUCUUUCAACCAAAUGGGAAAGAUUAUAUGAUUACUGUGAAGUCUCAUAACUUUGACCCACAUAGUACCGAGGAUCUGAUUCUUGGCUCUGUCACCACUUCUGCUACCAACAUUAUACACAAAGACCAGUGUUUUGUGGUUGUGUCUAUGAACUUGGACCUAUUAGUCAUGCUUAUCUGGGGUAUCUCUGACUGGAGAAUGUUGUGGACAUUUGAUAACCGUUUCCUGAAGAAUUUUGUUCCUGGAAAAAUAGAACCCUUCAAAAGCUAUUCUCUGUACCCUCCAUGCUAUGCACAUGAUAUCAGUUUUUGGUUAGAUGAGAAAAAAGGAUUUAAUGAACUAGAGUUUCAUACUGUGGCCCGAGAAGUAUCCCAGAACACUGUCAUAUCCAUACAGUUUCUUAGUCGUUUUCAGCAUCCCAAGACUGAACAAGUCAGCCUCUGCUACAGAUUGAUCUACCAGACCUGUGACAAGACGCUUACCCGACAGCAAGUAGCGUCAAUGCAGUCCCAGUUUAGGGAAGAAAUUCAACGACGACUACACGUGACACCUCGGUAG